AAUGGAGGUAUUUAAGAAAUAUCCUUCAAAUCACCUGAAGCCUUGAAAUAAUCAAACCUUACAAGUUUUAAAUCUGAUAUAUGGUCAUGUGGAUGUCUCCUGUACUUCUUUUUGACUUCUCAUAUGCCAUUUUAAUCAAGAGAUGUUCAAGCUUUAAAAACGGCAAUAUAAAGAGGAAUAGUUAAUUUUGAAGGGUCUGAAUGGACUAACAUUAAUCCAGAUAUGAAAUAAUUAGUUAGUAAAAUGCUUAGCUCGAAUCCAUAACUUCGUCCAACUGCAUCUGAAGUUAUUAAUCAUCCAAUAUUUUUGAAUAGAGCAAAAAUUAUAACUAAGCCAAAUAAACAACUCUCUAAAUAGAUGAAAGACUUUAAAGUAUUUAGAUUCUUUAUAAUAUUAGUAAUAAUCAUAAAUGCAAAGUGCUAUGUUAAAUUAUAUUGCAGAAAACAUGUUGUAAGAAUAAGAUAAGAAGAAGUUAAUGGAAGAGUUCUAAAAAUUUGAUUUAAAUAAGGAUGGAUAACUUACAAAAUAAGAACUCUUAACAGUAUAUACUACAAUGUAUUCAUCCGAAUAAGCUAAUUAAGAGGUUGAAGCCAUAUUCUCGAAAAUUGAUCAAAAUGGUAGUGGAAGAAUAGACUAUCAAGGUAUUAAAAAUUAUUAAUUUUUAGAGUUUGUAUUAGCAACAAUAGAUCAAAAAAAAUAUUUUAAUAGAGAAAAAUUGCUAAUGCUAUUUUAAUAAAUCGAUAGAGAUCAUAGUGGAUAAUUAAGUAAAUUAGAAGUUAAGAAAUUAUUGAGAGACAUGUAAGUACCAAAAGAAAAACUUGAUUAAUUGUCGAAACAAUUAGAUUAAGAUGGAGAUGGUUAAAUUGCUCAAGAAGAAUUUCUAUAAAUUAUGUUAUCUAUUGCAUGA